AACCCGACAGAGUGGAAAGAAACAGCAGGUGGGGGACACAAAAAAGGAUAAAUAUAUGCAGAUACAAAGCAAGAGAUGGAGCUGUGUGAGAUUUUAGAACAGAAACGCAGUCUAGACUGUCCUAAUCUGGGACACGAGCACCGCUGAGAACUUAACAGGUCAUCACAAACUCGCAUAGACAUAUGGACAAGAUGGGGGCCAGUCGUCCACUGCCCAGCGCGCCCAAGGAUUCAUUAAGUGUUGCAAUAAAGGCCAUCAGUGUGAGCACAGAACUUGUCGAGGAGGAACUAAAACCCUAUUUGGAGACAAUGCUGAAUGUUGCCAUUGAAAGAAAGAAAGGCAUAUCCGAGCAGGUGGUAGAAAGCGGGAUCCUCCCUGUUAUGGCUCAGAUUUUAAGAAGGAAAAGCACUCUCACUACUCACACUGCCAGACUAGUAGCUGAACUGGCCAGAGACGCUCCUGUGAGAGAGCAAUGCUUUGAGACGGGCAUUGUGUCUGCCCUUGUGACCUUACUGCUAAGCCAAGACCAGGACCUUCUCCUUCACGUUAGCCAGGCCAUCGCCAGGAUCUGCUAUGACAGCAACUUGCAGCAAGAGCGAUUCCUGAGGCUCGGAGCUGUCCCACGACUGGUGUCGGUUCUUCUCCAGCACAGUGGAAAUGCGGCACUGCAGAGCUCUUGCCUUAUGGCCCUCUGUAACCUGGCUGACAUGGGUGAAGAGGACGGCUCCAUGCUUUCCUGGGAGGAAGGGGCAUAUUUCGGUGAAGGGGAACGUGUGUUCCGGGGCACCUCGCGUUACUGUUUCGGCUUCUCUUCGGCUGUGACGGUGGUCAGGCUGAAACAGUGGACUAACGGCCAGUACUCUGUGGCAGUAGAAGUGCUUCAAAGGUGCUCCACAAUGCUGUGGGGCGCAAAAAACGGCCACCAGACUGGACACCGCUUACCGAACUUUGCCCACUUGGGAAGCUGCCCCAAAUUUUAUAAAGUUAUCAAAUGCUCAGUGAAGAACAUACCGAGAAACAGGAAUCUGAGGGCAGCCGUGCUUCAUACCCUCAUGUGAGGCUUCAUCGUAGUGCUUUUGGAUUUAUUAAUAAACGUCUAAGGUGGCCUAAACAGGUGAUCUGGUGUAAACCACGUCCUGACAUUUAAGGAGCUCAUUUCAGCCACUUGUAUUAGAGAAUGGAUCUGAAAGCAACAAAAAACAGAGAAUAUUACCGCUCUUGGUUUCCUAUUGCUAAGGGUACCAAAUGAGUGGCAGAUCAC